GUUUCCGUACGCCAGGCUCGGUCAUAGCGUUCCGACCACGUAAAUAAGGACGCGGGCGGAACAUCUUCCGCCGGAGCCCACGGACUCAACAGUGAUACACAAAGAUACGAGAUGAGGUCGUUGUUCUUGUUAGCAGCAGUAUGCUGCUUAGUGUUGUCGGCGUGCGGUAGUCCUAUCGCGCGGUCGGAGGAUGAGAAAGAGGUGGCGAGACAAUCACCGGCAGCUGCUGCGCCUGCGCCGGUCGCCGCCGCUGACGACGAUGAUGACGACGACGACGAUGAUGAUGAUGUUGAUUUGACUGAUGGUUUGGGAGAUGAUGAUGACGACGACGACGAUGAUGAUGACGAUGACGACGACGAUGAAGAAGAAUCUGAUGAUGAAGAGGAUGAUGAUUAUCUAGAAAGGUUCUUCGAUGACAUUCUAGGAGGCGAUGAAGACGAUGACGACGAAGAAGCCGAAGCUGCCGUACAGCCCGUAGUUGCCCCCGCCGACACAGUAGCCGCCGCACCUGCCGCUGCCGCCUCCUCAGUAGAAGAAGUUGCCGCUGCUUCUGAAGAAGUCGAUGCAUCGGACGCCGAAGCUGUCGCUGAAGGCGAUGAGCCCGAGCCCGGACAGAAAGAGCCCGCCAGUGCUGAAGUAGAAGCCCCCGCAGCCAGCGCAGAAGUUGCGGCGGAGGCGGACGAUGACGAUGAAGAGGAAGACAUCACUGAUGCCCUCGACCCAGAGGAAGACGAUGAGGAUGACGAUGAAGAAGAAGACGACGACGACGAUGAGGAGGAGGAUAUUACCGAUGCUCUCGGCAGGAACAUCUCCGCGAAGCACUCACGCUCUUUGGGUGAGGAACCCGAGAAGAAACCAGCUCCCGCACCAGUACCGGCUGUCUAUAUCGUAAAAUAUAACAAAUUUGUCGACACUGUUCUUGAAAAGAUGAAUGAAAUUUUGAGCAAGUCUUACGAUCCAGUCAGCGUAAAACUUCAGCCCAUCGACGCAAGUAAGAAGAGCAGCAAACCAAAGAAAAACAAGACCAAGACAAAGAAAAGGAAAACGUCUUCUAAAAAGAAGAACACAGCCCGUGGAAACACUACAAACAAAAACAAAGGAAAUAUAUCAUCAACUGCAAUUCCCGAAAUGGCCAAGGACGAAAAUACUCAACUUAAUGAAAUAAGACCUAACGAUCCUGUUUUGGAACAAAUUGUUGAAUCUACUACUUCUAUGGAAUCAAGGGCUUUGAAGUCAGGUACUGAGAGUGGCAAAGCUAAACCUACAACGACCAAAGUUAGGCCGCCGACUAAGCCUUUAAAAGCAAAGCCGAAACCGAAGCCACCAACAAAGACCACUACUAAGAAACCUGUGACUACAAAGAACAAGACCAAGACAGGCGAGAAGAAUAAACCAAGGGCUAAAGGAACUUUGUAUGGUCUUUCAACUUUGAGGAGAUCUGGAGAUGUUGCAGUCAGCAUUAUGUCAGAUCACACUACAAUUAAGAGUAAUUUUGCUGUUGGACCACUAAUUCUCAGAGUGGAAAAAGAGGUUGGUCGUGGAGCUAAAAAAGAAUUAAAGUCUGCUACAGCGACUACAACAGAAAUGGUAGGAAAGAUGAGCUUGAGAGUAAACAACGAAGGCGUCGCUACAUUACACUCCAUCAAAGUUCUACAACCUAAACAGGUGAGAGUUGACAGCAACCACGAGCGUACCCGAGAAUUAGUUUGGCAGCGCAGCGCGAGGAUUGCCCACGUGGUCUCUGAAAAAUUGAUGUCUGCAUCGAAACCCAUGUUCCACCGCCAACCCGUUGUCAAACAAUAAGCACUAAUCUACAAAUAGAAUUAAUUUUCAUAAGUAUAUGUAUUUGGGUCUAGUUAUGGCUAAACAGUAGUGUUCCUUUGCCCGCAUUAUCUUUAAAAAAGCAAGGGUUGGUCGUCAGUUAUUCUCUUUUUAAUGCAUUUAUUAGAUAAGAUAAAUAUUUUUUAAUGGUUUAGGAACACUACUAAUCUAUGUUUUGGCAACUAAGCUUUUGGGUGAAGGUUAUUUAAUGGUAAAGUAUUUUAGCCCUGCAACUUUGGACGGCAUUUUUAAAGAAAAUAAUUUAUUGAUAUUUAUAUGAUUUAUUUACGUAGCAGACUGAUUUAUACGUUGCUGUCCUAAAGUUGUUUGACUGAACUUUCAAUAAUGAUGACUCCUUUGUUAGCUAUAGGAUCUUUUUUUCUGAAUCAUGAUACUCAU